UUCGCUUCAGCUUGAGGUCACGAACAGAUGCCCGGACAUUCUCCUUCAGGAUUUUUUGGUAAACAGCAGAAUUCAUGGUUCCAUUUAUCACAGCAAGUCUUCCAGGUCCUGAAGCAGCAAAACUGCCCCCGACCAUCACACUACUCAAACACACCAAACCCACAUGAGAUAUCCAUGACAGUGAUUAAAGUCAUCAAACAUCCUAAAUAUAACAAACUUGACAGCAGUAUAGCAAUGCUCCAGCUCUGUUCUUCUGUGACUUUCACUGAUUACAUGAAGCCAGUCUGUCUGGCUGCUGGUGGUAGUGUAUUUGCUGCUGGUACAGAGAGUUGGGUCACUGGAUGGGGCCUAAAUGAAGGUGAGGAACAAAUCAAGCUUCCUGACAUACUGAAGGAAGUGGAGGCCCCUGUUGUGGGUAACAUUGAAUGUAGUGAUGCCUAUGAAGGCAUCAUUACAGACAGCUUGAUGUGUGCUGGAUUUUUAGAUGAAGGAGAGAAAGCCCCAUGUGAGGGAGAUGCUGGAAGUUCAUUGGUCACUAGGCAGGGCUCCAUAUGGAUUCAGUCUGGAGUCGCAGUCUAUUUUGAUUCUUGUGGUGCACCUAGUUAUCCUGCUCUAUAUAACAGGGUGUCUGAAUAUCAGGACUGGAUCGGCAAUUACACAACGAGCAGCGAGCCUGGAUUCGUCCCAUACCUCAUUCUUUUUCUGAUUGAUGGAGGCUCAGUCAGCCUCCUCUCAUUUUCCCUUGCUCUUGCUUUCUCCAUCAUCCCUCUCAUCUUCUUCCACUUUUUUUAAAGAUGAUGUGAGUCAUGAUAAUUUUAUGAAUACACUUCUGUAAUCAUGAUGAUAGUUUGCUGUCUCAUUAUUAUGUGAAAUACGUGUUUUUUAUUUAUAAUCUUUUCUUUGAU